AUGAUUCAGUUCCUGGUUCUUCUUGGUUGCCUGGGGGUGAUCUCUGGGACUCCCUUGAGGGAUGCUCUUCAGAAGGAUGUGCUGGCAGAGCGAGUCAUUGGAGGCCACGAAGCCAAGCCAAACAGCUGGAAGUGGCAGGUAUCCCUUCAGAUCUCCUACCCCAAUGACCCGGGGUACUACGCCCACAUUUGUGGUGGAACYCUCAUCAGCAGCAAAUGGGUCAUGACUGCAGCCCACUGCCUCAGYGUCCCCCCGGGAGCAUCCUACCGUGUGGCUCUGGGUGAGCACAACCUCCUGGAGGUGGAUGGCACCGAGUACCACCUUGGUGUGGAUUCAAUCUUCAUCCAUGACAGCUGGAAUCCCAGCGACAUUGCCAAUGGCUAUGACAUCGCCCUGCUGCGCCUCGAGUCUCCUGCCAGCGCCAACGGCUUCGUAGAGCUGGGAGCGCUCCCACCCAAGGGAAACAUUUUGCCCAAUGACUACCCCUGCUAUAUCACGGGCUGGGGAGUGGUCAGUGCGGGCAGUGGCACUGCGGACAGGCUGCAGGAGGUGAUGCUGCCRGUGGUGGACCACGAGAUCUGCUCCCAGGAGGACUGGUGGGGAUCCCAGGCCAAGGACAGCAUGCUSUGUGCAGGUGGAGAUGGCGUGAGGGCAGGAUGCAGUGGGGACUCUGGGGGCCCUCUCAACUGCUACAGGGAUGGUCACUGGGAGRUCCAUGGCAUUGUGAGUUUUGGUUUGGUUCCCUACUGUAACACCUACCAGAAGCCCACAGUGUUCACUCGAGUGUCAGCCUACGUGGACUGGAUCUACAGCACCAUGGAGAAUAAUGGAGGUUUCUAG